GCUGAAGUUGCCCUUUCGCAGGGCCGACGCUGAUUGGCUGUUGUUUGCCCAAUCACGCGGUCGUUGCUCAGUUUGGUGGCCGCGAUGGACGCGGACCUCGCCGUCGAGCACGUCUUUGGCAACUUCCAUGACUACUACGAGUUCAACCCCGAGUCGGAGCGGCUCCGGUUCCUCUCGCCAAGCGUUCGCGCCGGUCUCUGCAGCCUCUUGAGCGGGCGGCGCGCCUACUACCUUGACAUUGGCUGCAACGAAGGCAAGCUCACGCAGGCCGUGCACCGAGCGCUCGUGAGCGGCGCACUGCCGGUUGCACCCGCGACGACGACGACGUUCUCGGUCGACAGCAUUAGCGAGCUCAACGAAGCGAUCCAAAAGCAUCAUGUCGCCCCCACGUACGUGACGAUCGAAGACGGCGGGUUUGGCCAUCGCAAGCACUUUGUGUUGCACGUCUUUAUCGCCAACGUCUUCUUUGGGGCCGGCGACGGCGUCUCCAAGAAGGUGGCCAAGGCCAAAGCCGCCGCCGAGGCGCUCGCGCGGCUGGCCGCCAUCGCCUCGCCAUCCGACGACGCGCCGACAACCGUUGCACCGGUGACGGCCGCCGAACCAACAAGCUCGAACGUCGACUUGCGCACGCUCGGGAUCGAUGUCGAUGCCGAGCUCAUCGGUCGGGCGGCCGCGCUCGCCCCCUCCGAUAUGUCGCUGACGUUUCAAGUGGCCGACGUCAUGGAGGGCGGGCGCCUCGCCGCGCUCUGCGACGCGUUCCUCUCCGAGACGGAAGGCAAGACGUUUGAUCUCAUCUCGUGCUUUAGCAUCACCAUGUGGAUCCACUUACACCAUGGCGACGCGGGCUUGCUCAACUUUCUCAACCUCGUUUCGGCCAAGACGACGCACCUCAUUCUAGAACCGCAGCCGUGGAAAUGCUACAAGACCGCGACGCGCCGGCUGCAGCGGCUGCACCACACGAUCCCCGCGUCCUUCAGGGCCAUUCAGAUCACGCACACGGUCGUCGACGUCAUUGAUAAGCACCUGAGCGACCUCUUCCCGUACAAGACACCGCUCGGCAAAACGAACUGGUCCCGCCCCGUGAUGCUCUACAGCAAGGUCCCGCUGCCGACGCUGUAAUCCCAAAAAGACUAUCCUUACACUGGUAGAUGCAAGUUGGUGGCGUAUUCCUCGUAACUCGAAAAGGAGAAGUAGUCCGUAG